AUGUCAAAUCUGUUCGAUGCGCCAUGGACAACUUCGGAGAAAAUCGCCCUCUUGACCAAUAUCAUUCAAGGCGCCGUGCAAGAUGUCCCUUCCUACCUUGUUCAGGGCAUGGUCGACAGCAAUAUACAACCGAGGUGGAGUGAUAUUGCUUUGCCAGAAGGCCGCUCUCUUGCUGCCUGUCAGCAAAUGUAUGACACUCUGGUUCGCGCUCCCCGGCCACCUCGCCCUUUCUCCUCGAUCGGUCCCCAAGCCUAUGCUCCUCAACAGCUCGGACCGUCUGUGCCUCCCGUAAGGACCGUCUCUGAACAUGAGCUGCAUCCGCCAACCCACCGCUCAAUUCAGCCUCGGCCUCCCCGUUCAACGGACUCGCCGAUGCCUCCUGCUACCAAUGGAGAGGCUUUUACUAUUUUACGUCCAUUCGCGCCCGAGUUGGGAAUGGAAAGACGCCGGAAACGUGGUCGCCCGACGAAAGAAGAGGCCGAAGAACGUGAUCGAAGACUCGCCGCGGCUGGUCAGACUUACGAGCCCAAAAAACGUCCGGCCAAAAAGCCGAGACCCUCUGGCACCCCGAGUUCCCUAUCCGAGGCUCUCCCAGGGACGUUACCCGGAUCGCAAACAACUCCACUGUCGCAGCACGUCGAGCCGAAGGAGGAGACUUCGAGCGGGAAGAGACGGUCGAAGCGGCAACGUGAGGAAGACGAAUCUUCCCAGCAAGCACUGCCUAGAUCGCCCUUAGAUGAUUCUGGUAAUGAAAGGAGUACCGAAGCUGCUCAAAGUCCUUCUGACAGGUUACUUCUGAGGAAGGACGAACGCGCUCAGGCAGUAGCUUCUGGCGCGCGAGACGUCCAGCAAGCCCAAAGUCCUACUCUUGAACACGAACCCGAACAAAGGCAAGACGAUCAACAAUCCGGUCCCCCUUCGACUUAA